AUGGCGCCCGGCCGAUCACACCUGUCAUUCUUGCGUAGGGAGCGCUACAAUGCUGAAAUGCUCUCGUCUCUUUUCUUCUUGUUGCUCAAUUGCCUAGUAGCAUCCGUCACUGCUGGCUCAGACUAUAGCGAGCGACUUCUCCUCCGCCCUCUUCCUCAGGACACUCUUUUGGCCUCGUUCAAUUUCCGGAGUAACGAGAGUGCAGCUGCAUUCGAACAGCAGAACUUCCGCUACUUUCCGCGAUCCUUUGGACAAAUUCUGCAACAUGCGCAUACAAAGGAACUCCACCUGAGAUUUAGUGUUGGUCGAUGGGAUGCUGAGAAUUGGGGCCAGCGGCCAUGGAGCGGAGCAAGAGAAGGAGGCACAGGUGUCGAGCUGUGGGCCUGGGUGGAAGCCGGCAAUGAGGACGAAGCAUUCGCCCGAUGGUUGAAGCUCACCAAUGCCUUGUCUGGCCUCUUCUGUGCCUCUAUCAACUUCAUCGAUGCUACCAAGACUAUACGUCCCGUCAUGUCAUUUGACCCCGAAGGUCAGCACUCGAACACAUCGAACCUCCAUCUUCUUCACGGCACGCUUCCCCACGAAGUCGUCUGUACCGAGAACCUGACACCUUUCCUAAAGCUGUUACCAUGCAAGGGAAAGGCAGGUGUAUCCAGCCUUCUGGACGGACACAAGCUAUUCGAUGCGUCAUUCCAGACUAUGGCUAUAGACGUGCGUCCAACAUGCGAAGAGGGUAGCUCUAGCUGUUCAAUCGAAAUAGAGCAGAGUGUGGACAUGGUUCUGGACAUUGCAAGAGCCAAGCGCCCAAAAGACAACCCAAUUCCGCGACCUCUUCCAAUCGAGCAAAUGGAAUGCGACACUUCAAAGCACUAUAAUGCACAUGAUACCUGUUACCCACUACACAAGGGCACCGAGCCUGGGUGGACAUUAGAGGAGGUCUUUGGAAGACCGCUUAGAGGAGCCUGUCCAUUGAUCGACAACAGUGGAAUCGAGACCAGCAACUUCUGCAUCAACACACCUCCGGAACGCACCGUCGAAGUAAAUACCACUGGUUACUUCAGUGAGUCCAGACUAGCAUCAGACACACUACGCUGUUAUAAACUCCCCAUCGGCACAGACUUCGACCUUGUCCUCCCAGAGCAAAAAAUGACAACCGGCCUCGUCCGCCCGGACCCUCUAGUCUUCGCCGCAAGAUCCAUCAACGGCCACGGCCAAGAGCGAGGCAGCACCCAAGCCGUCAUCCGCAAUCCCUCCGCCACCGAAGCCGUAGAACUCGUCUACCUGGAGUCUCUCCCCUGGUUCAUGAAGCCCUACCUCCACACCCUAAAAGCCCACGUCGACACCACAGACGAGAGCCCAAUUAGGGAAACUUACUACCGCCCCGCCGUCGACCGCAAACGCGGCACCCACCUCGAACUCCGCAUGGUCAUCCCCCCUAGCUCCACUCUAACACUCACCUACGACUUUGAAAAGGCUAUCCUGAGAUACACAGAGUACCCGCCAGAUGCAAAUCGAGGCUUCGAUGUUGCGCCUGCUGUUAUUCGUAUCCUGUCUCCCCAAACUGGAGACGAAAAGGGCGUUUACAUACGUACGACUUCGUUGCUGCUUCCUCUCCCCACGCCGGAUUUCAGUAUGCCGUAUAACGUCAUUAUUCUUACUAGUACAGUCAUGGCGCUGGGUUUUGGCAAUAUUUUCAACAUCCUGGUACGGAGGUUUGUGGGCGUGGAUGAGGUGCCUGCGAUGGCUGCAGGGGGGUUGAAGGGUGUGGUGUUGGCUAAGCUGGGGAGAGUGAAGGCGAUGUUGGGGAAGUAGGUCGUGGAGGGUGUGAAUAUGGAAUUAAGUUUCAUACCCCGAAUUUCGUGGGAGAUGUGCUUGUUGUUCUACGUGUAUAUCGUAGCUGUCACUGCUACCACUACUAGUAAAUAGUAGUAUCAAAAACCCUCUACACAAUCUCC